CGCUCCUGACGCUGGCCGCUGGCCUGAAGCCUUGGCUGACCGCCUCUCCCGGGCUGGCUAAAGAACAGAGAGGAACCUGCUGGACAGAGAACAGCCUCGAAGGGGGACACUUUGAAAACAUUUCCUUCUCAGGACCAAACAAUCUGGGUCAUGGAGAAGACCCAGGGUGAAACACCCCUUGGGAGACUGGAGCAGACCUUCCUGGCAACUCUGAGUGACCCACAGGUGACUCUGCUGUCUGUCCACAAGCGGCUGUCCUUCAGGAGGAGCCCAGGAGCUGGGGGCUCUGCCAGGCCAGUGUCCUCAGCGGAGGAGGAAAACUCUAGGCCAUCGGAGGAGGGAGACAUCUCACUGAAGGUUUUGAAUGGAGAACCAGGGACUGGUUCCAAUCAGGUCCCCUCUCAGGGGUCUUUGCCUGCUCGAGCCUGGGACCCAGCGAUGAAGCAGAGUUUUGCCUUUGACAACAUUGGCUAUGAAGAUGGUCUGGACAGUCUAUGCCACUCACAGGUGGCCAGCAGCAUUCUCAGCAUCCUGGGCAUGACCUGCCAGUCGUGCGUAAAGUCCAUUGAGGGCAGGAUUUCCAGCUUGAAAGGUGUCGUGAGCAUCAGGGUCUCUCUGGAGCAGGGCUAUGCGACCGUCAAGUACAUACCCUCAGUCGUGAGCCCACAGCAGGUUUGCCGGCAGAUUGAGGACAUGGGCUUUGAGGCGAGUGUGGCAGAGGGCAAGGCCGCCUCUUGGCCCUCCAAGGCUGCGCCUGCCCUCGAGGCCGUGGCCAAGCUGCGGGUGGAGGGUAUGACUUGCCAGUCCUGUGUCAGCUCCAUCGAAAGCAAAAUCGGGAAGCUGCAGGGUGUGGUGAAGGUCAAGGUCUCUCUGAGCAGCCAGGAUGCCAUCAUCACCUACCAGCCUCACCUCAUCCAGCCCCAAGACCUCAGGGACCACAUCAGUGACAUGGGCUUUGAUGCCACUAUCAAGAACAAAGUGGCCCCCUUGAGCCUGGGACCCAUUGACAUUGGACUGCUGCAGGGUGCCCACCCCAGGAUCCCAUCAUUAGCUUCCACAAACCAAAACUGCAACAACUCAGAGAGCCUGGGAGGGGCUGGGAGCCAGACAGCUACCCUGCAGCUGUGCAUAGACGGUAUGCACUGCAGGUCUUGCGUCCUGAAUAUCGAGGGGAAUGUGGGCCAGCUUCCAGGGGUCCAUAGCAUCAGUGUGUCCCUGCAGAACAGAACAGCCCAUGUACAGUACGACCCUUCCCGUGUGACUCCAGGUGCCCUGCAGCAGGCCAUUGAGGCCCUCCCACCUGGGAACUUCAGAGUGACCCUUCCUGAUGGGGCAGAAGGGAACAGGGAAGAAAGCAGCCCUACACCGGAUCACUUGCCUGGCCCCAGCCAGGGGCCUCAAGUGCAAGACGCUUGCAGUACUGUGACGCUUGCCAUUGGGGACAUGACUUGUGCAUCCUGUGUCCAGUCCAUUGAAGGUCGGAUCGCCCAGAGGAAAGGGGUCCGGCAGGUACUUGUCUCCUUGGCUGAAGGGACUGGGAGGAUUAUCUACAACCCUCUUGUCACUAACCCAGAAGAGCUCCGAGCUGCAGUGGAGGACAUGGGGUUUGAAGCAGCAGUCAUUUCUGAAAACCGUCCUAGCAACCAGGCUGACAAGCAUAGUUCGGGACAUUCCAUGAUGCAGACCACAGCUGGCACAUCAACACCCCCACAGGCGGUGGCUCCCCAGACUCCCCAGACAGGGGACUCCCCUAAGAACCAACACCCCAGCCGCUCCUCAAAGGCCCCACCAGCCUUGGCUACAGUAGCCACUCAGAAGUGCUUCCUUCAGAUCACAGGCAUGACCUGUGCAUCCUGUGUGUCCAACAUAGAGAGGAACCUGCAGAAAGAAGCCGGUAUUGUCUCUGUGCUGGUGGCCUUGAUGGCCGGGAAGGCAGAGGUUAAGUACCACCCAGAAGUCAUCCAGCCCCUUGAGAUAGCUCAGCUCAUCCAGAGCCUGGGCUUUGAUGCCACAGUCAUGGAAGACUAUGCAGGCUCAGAUGGAGACCUGGAACUGAUUAUCACAGGAAUGACUUGUGCCUCCUGUGUCCACAACAUUGAGUCCAAGCUCACGAGAACAAAGGGCAUCACCUAUGCCUCUGUGGCCCUUGCCACCAGCAAAGCCCACGUGAAGUUUGACCCUGAGAUCAUUGGUCCGAGGGAUAUUGUCAAAGUUAUAGAGGAGAUCGGCUUCCAGGCUUCCCUGGCGAAGAGAAACCCCAACGCUCAUCACUUGGACCACAAAGUGGAAAUAAAGCAGUGGAAGAAGUCUUUCCUGUGCAGCCUAGUGUUUGGCAUCCCUGUCAUGGGCUUGAUGAUCUACAUGCUGAUACCCAGCGACAAGCCCCAUGAGGCCAUGGUCCUGGACCAAAACAUCAUUCCAGGACUCUCCAUUCUCAACCUCAUCUUCUUUAUCUUGUGCACCUUUGUCCAGUUUCUCGGUGGGUGGUACUUCUAUGUCCAGGCCUACAAAUCUCUGAAGCACAGGACAGCCAACAUGGAUGUACUCAUCGUGCUGGCUACCACCAUUGCCUAUGUCUACUCUUUGGUCAUCCUGGUGGUGGCCAUGGCCGAGAAGGCAGAGCGGAGCCCGGUCACCUUCUUUGACACUCCCCCGAUGCUCUUUGUGUUCAUCGCCCUGGGCCGGUGGCUGGAACACGUGGCAAAGAGCAAAACCUCAGAAGCCCUCGCCAAACUCAUGUCACUCCAAGCCACAGAAGCCACUGUUGUCACCCUUGGUGAGGACAACUCCAUUAUUAGAGAAGAGCAGGUUCCCAUGGAGCUGGUGCAGAGGGGUGAUGUCAUCAAGGUGGUCCCCGGGGGGAAGUUCCCAGUGGAUGGGAAAGUCCUAGAAGGCAACACCAUGGCUGACGAGUCCCUUAUCACAGGAGAAGCCAUGCCUGUCACUAAAAAGCCUGGGAGCACUGUGAUUGCCGGGUCCAUUAAUGCCCAUGGCUCUGUGCUCAUUCGUGCCACCCACGUGGGCAAUGACACUACCUUGGCACAGAUUGUGAAACUGGUGGAAGAAGCUCAGAUGUCAAAGGCACCCAUUCAGCAGCUGGCUGACCGGUUUAGUGGCUAUUUUGUCCCUUUUAUCAUCAUCAUUUCAACUCUAACGUUGGUGGUAUGGAUUAUAAUCGGUUUUAUCGAUUUUGGUGUUGUUCAGAAAUACUUUCCUACCUACAACAAGAACAUCUCCCGGGCAGAAGUGAUCCUCCGCUUCGCCUUCCAGACGUCCAUCACGGUAUUGUGCAUCGCCUGCCCCUGCUCACUGGGCCUGGCUACCCCCACAGCGGUCAUGGUGGGCACUGGCGUGGCUGCCCAGAACGGCAUUCUUAUCAAGGGAGGCAAGCCACUGGAGAUGGCUCACAAGAUCAAGACUGUGAUGUUUGAUAAAACUGGCACUAUUACUCAUGGGGUCCCGAAAGUCAUGCGUGUUCUCCUGCUGGUGGACAUGGCCACACUGCCCCUCAGGAAGGUUCUGGCAGUGGUGGGGACAGCAGAGGCCAGUAGCGAGCACCCCCUUGGUGUGGCGGUCACCAAAUACUGCAAAGAGGAGCUUGGGACAGAGAUCCUGGGAUACUGCACCGACUUCCAGGCAGUGCCAGGAUGUGGGAUUGGCUGUAAAGUCAGCAGCGUGGAAGGUGUCCUGGCCCCCAGCGAACGCACUGCUCACCCAAGCAGGGUUGGCCACAGUCCCACAGAAACAGACGCAGCCCCCCACACUUUCUCUGUGCUGAUUGGGAACCGUGAAUGGAUGAGGCGCAAUGGCUUCACCAUCUCCAGUGACGUCAGCGAUGCCAUGACAAAUCAUGAGAUGAAAGGCCAGACCGCCAUCCUGGUGGCCAUUGACGGUGUGCUGUGUGCCAUGAUCGCCAUCGCAGAUUCUGUCAAGCAGGAGGCAGCCCUGGCUGUGCACACGCUGAAGAGUAUGGGCGUGGACGUGGUUCUGAUUACAGGGGACAACCGGAAGACAGCCAGAGCCAUUGCCACCCAGGUUGGCAUCAACAAGGUCUUUGCGGAAGUGCUGCCUUCUCACAAGGUGGCCAAGGUCCAGGAGCUCCAGAGCACAGGGAGGCGAGUAGCCAUGGUGGGUGACGGGGUCAAUGACUCUCCCGCCCUGGCACGUGCCGAUGUGGGCAUCGCCAUUGGGACAGGCACGGAUGUGGCCAUCGAGGCGGCUGAUGUGGUCCUCAUCCGAAAUGAUCUGCUGGAUGUGGUGGCCAGCAUCCACCUCUCUAAGAGGACCGUCUGGAGGAUCCGACUUAACCUGGUCCUGGCGCUCAUCUACAACCUGGUGGGGAUCCCCAUCGCGGCAGGUGUCUUCAUGCCCAUCGGUAUCGUGCUGCAGCCCUGGAUGGGCUCGGCGGCCAUGGCAGCCUCCUCCGUGUCAGUGGUGCUCUCAUCACUGCAGCUCAAGUGCUAUAAGAAGCCCGAUCGGGAGAGGUAUGAGGCCCAGGCCCACGGCCGCAUGAAGCCCCUGACCGCGUCCCAGGUUAGCGUACACAUCGGCUUGGAUGAUCGGCGCCGGGACUCACCCAGAGCCACGCAGUGGGACCAGAUCAGCUUUGUCAGCCAGGUUUCUCUGUCUUCCCUUAAGUCUGACAAGGUGCCUCGGCACAGCACAGCAGCAGAGGACAGUGGUGACAAAUGGUCCCUGCUCCUGAAUGACAAAGAUGAGGAGCAGUAUAUCUGACCACUGUAGGUGCCUGCAGACCCAAGAGCUGUCUCUGAGCUGCUGGCCUGGCCCUGCGCACAGUGGGGAUCUAGGCUGCCUGCCCUGGACAUCUCUAUCCUCUUCCCUACCACCCCCUGGCUCACCUGUGUCCCUGGAGACCCUGCUGGGCUCUGGGGGAAGAGAGGACAGUCCUCCCUCUCACAGACCUCUGAGUCAGUGUUGGGAUGCCUACCAGAGAAACGAGGGCCAUCUCAUAGGGACUAGCCUUUCCAUGGAACUCAAGAGAAACCUUGAUGUUGGGCCCUUUUCUGAUGACACCCACAUUCACGUGUGUUGCAUUGCCGAGACCACAAUGACCUCAAAUGAACUUGCUGUUUCCUAUAUGCACGAGCUCUCUGUCUUAAGUCUUCAACACUGGAUCCCCGUCAUCAUUGGGGCAGGACAGACGCCUCACACGGGGCCCCUCCCUCCACUGCUCUGUGGUGCUUCUUGUGUGUGCCUGUGCAAGUGCCCCUGCCCGGGUCUGUUCAAUCUUGCCGGCCUCUCUUCAGGCCCAGCAGAGGACUGGCUACAUUCCUUAGGUGCCACCUCUAUGGAAUUGUGGUUUUUCUCUCCACACCACACAGGGUAUAGCUGCCCGGCUGGAGUGAGGGCCUGAGGCUUGAGAGACAAGUAUCUGAGGAGCUAGAGCGAGGGGAGGCCUGUGGUUCUGGGAGCAGGAGUCCUGUGGGAGAAGUCUGCAUUCAGACAUGGCAUCAGGAGCCUCAAGCCCAUGGCCUGCUGUGUGCUGCCACCUCACAGAGUCCAGUGGUGCCCUCCUGUCUACAACUCAGAGGGAGUAGUUAACAGUUGAGUAAGGGUGGGAGGGGAAGAGGUGAUCACAACCUCUUCAGGAGCCUUCUAUCCCUGCAUGGAGCUGGUGCUUCGAGGAGAGAUGACCCCCACAUCCAAAGGGAGUGUCCAUCACUCAUGUUCAUGACCAUAUGGCCUUGUAGCAGGGGGAUCAGCCGGUUUUAGACUGGAAAGCAGUGACAGUUGACAGAAUCACAAUAGAAGCAAACCCAUACAAUCCAAAUAAACUCUUAGGUGAAACCCUGCCACACACACAAGUUUUAGUUAUUUAUUGAGUGUCAGUGACGCCAGGGGCAGAGUAAACACUUUGUCUAGGUUACUUCUAAUCCUUCCAAUAAACCAGCACAGGAGAUAGAUAUUCUUAGCCAUGUUUUUUUUUUUUUUUUAAGAUUUUCUUUUUAAUUUAUUAUAGAAAGAGAAAGGAGUUAGAGCACCACUCCAGUACAUGCAGUCAAUGUAAUCAAGCCAGGAACCUUGGGCAUGAUACUUUACUAGUUGAACUAUUUCCCCAGCUGCAUGACCAUGUUUUACAAGUGGAAAGAAAGCGGGCUUGAGAGGCCAAGUACCUGCCCAGGGUCUCACAACCAGAAGCAAAAGCAAGCCCCAGAAGGGCCCCAGACUCAUGUCUGUUAACUGUGAAGCCUGCUCUGACUUUGCUGCCGCCCUGAUUGUCAGUUUGCCUGAGAGGAAAAGACUACAGAAAGGCCCCCUGCUCCUAGGAAAGCAAAUUCGCCAGGGUUUCCUUGUGUCUUCUGGUUUUCUGUCUCCUCCUCCCCAGUCCCAGCACCUCCUUCGUGCUACCACCCCUCAACCACCCAUGGUGUCUUCUCUUUACCUUGGAUGUGCUUGGAGGUAUGUAUGUUCAUUGCCUUCUAACAGGCUAAUAAUCAUUGUCUAAAGAAUCUCAUUGUGCUGAUUUUUCAGGAAGCAUUUGAACCAUAAAUAAAUUGUGUUUAUCUGGA